AUGGACACAAUGGCAGCUUCGAAGCUGGAGCGCAUGCCAGUUCGCGGCACUGCUUCGAAGGUUAUAGAUGACGUUGAAAUUCCAGGAGGCUACGUCCCAGGAUGCAUCCUCCAGAAGUUCAUCGAUGGUGACUUAGCCGGGGCGGUGAAUGAUUCCCUCAGCAGUGAAUUGCCGAAGGGAUCGAAAGAUCCCGAUGGGCCAAGUAGCAGUGCAGCCGAUGGUGCAGGUGGCUCAUGUGACGCAGGUGUCAUGAAGGCGGCUGCUGCACCGAGUGCAGCCGAUGAUGCAGGUGGUGGUGGCAUGGAGCUUCCUCCACCACCAAUGCCACCACCACCACCACCACCGCAGGCAGUGCCAGAGCCGAAGAAUCCGCCCAAGGUCAAGGCCAUGCCGCGACCUCGCCGCUAUGGGCAGGGGCAUGCCCUAGCGGCGGGGUCGCGGCAGCAGCAGCAGGUGGUCGACGUGGACGCCUAUGAGGCCAAGAAGGAUGCUGCUGAGAAAGACGAGUCAUGGGGUCCGAAAUGGCCAGCACCAGAGCUCAUGAAGAGCACAACCUGGAAGCCGCCGUGGCAGACCUCUGCAGAUGGGCAGUGCCCAGCCCUCUGGGCAGUGGCAGCCCUCUGGGCAGUGGCAGCCCUCUGA